CGAGGGUAUAAAUAACCGUUCCAGCGGCCGGCCAGGCAUUCGUUUCAGGAUUCUGGACGGAGGUGUUAGCGAAAGCCCCAUUACUUGCUUUAGCCGACAAUCGACGUCUCACGUCCGUUUCUUCUCUCUCGCAGAACCUUGAAUCUUCUCUUAUCACAAAAUGCGCGAGUGUAUCUCAGUUCAUGUUGGACAAGCUGGUGUCCAAAUUGGUAAUGCCUGUUGGGAAUUGUAUUGUCUGGAACAUGGCAUUCAGCCUGAUGGCCAAAUGCCAUCCGAUAAAACUAUUGGAGGAGGCGAUGACAGUUUCAACACUUUCUUCAGCGAGACUGGUGCAGGGAAACAUGUACCCAGAGCAGUUUUCAUUGACUUGGAACCUACAGUAGUCGAUGAAGUACGUACUGGUACGUACCGUCAGUUGUUCCACCCAGAACAAUUAAUUACUGGCAAAGAAGAUGCCGCAAACAAUUAUGCUCGUGGUCACUACACGAUCGGCAAGGAAAUCGUUGAUCUGGUGUUGGACCGUAUUCGUAAACUGGCGGAUCAGUGCACUGGUCUUCAAGGUUUCCUCAUUUUCCACUCUUUCGGCGGUGGUACCGGUUCUGGGUUCACCUCUCUCUUGAUGGAACGUCUCUCUGUCGAUUACGGCAAGAAGUCGAAACUGGAAUUUGCCAUUUACCCUGCUCCGCAAGUCUCCACAGCUGUCGUCGAGCCGUACAAUUCAAUUCUUACAACGCAUACCACUCUUGAACAUUCCGACUGUGCGUUUAUGGUCGACAAUGAAGCCAUUUACGAUAUCUGCCGUCGUAACUUGGACAUCGAGAGACCUACUUAUACAAACCUGAAUAGACUGAUCGGCCAAAUUGUAUCUUCUAUAACCGCUUCUCUGCGAUUUGAUGGUGCCCUGAACGUUGACUUGACUGAAUUCCAAACGAACUUGGUACCCUACCCUAGGAUUCAUUUCCCGUUGGUCACCUAUGCACCGGUCAUCUCCGCGGAGAAGGCGUAUCACGAACAACUCUCUGUAUCAGAGAUUACGAACGCAUGUUUCGAGCCAGCGAACCAGAUGGUGAAAUGUGACCCGCGUCACGGUAAAUACAUGGCCUGUUGUAUGUUGUACAGAGGCGAUGUUGUACCAAAAGACGUGAACGCGGCGAUUGCCACCAUCAAAACUAAGCGUACCAUUCAGUUUGUUGAUUGGUGUCCCACUGGAUUCAAAGUUGGCAUUAACUACCAGCCUCCAACUGUGGUACCCGGUGGUGAUCUUGCUAAGGUGCAACGAGCCGUCUGUAUGUUGUCCAACACCACCGCCAUCGCUGAAGCUUGGGCCCGUCUUGACCACAAAUUCGACCUGAUGUACGCCAAGCGAGCCUUCGUUCACUGGUACGUUGGAGAAGGUAUGGAGGAAGGUGAAUUCUCCGAAGCCCGUGAAGAUCUUGCAGCUCUUGAGAAAGACUACGAGGAAGUCGGAAUGGACUCUGCAGAAGGCGAAGGAGAAGGUGCGGAAGAAUACUAAAUGAUGGCAUUUUGAUACCAUUUUCAUUUUUUUUUUGGCAAUAAAGAA